UUCUAUUGCAAUCCUUUCCGUGGGCUUUCUCUCGCUUUCUCUGUCUGCUGACAAGGAAGGACACUGGCGUUACGGAAAAAAAACUUUGCAGCCGCUGUCUGGGAUUGCCGCUGGGAUUGCAACGCGGCUCUCUCUGUCCAGUCCAAGGUGCUGAAAUGCGGUCUGGCUUCUCGGCGUUAGACGCGACCGGGAUCGCCGCUGAGAAGUUACAUUGCAGUUUCUAGCGCAAUGGCACGUGAAUAUCUUCACUUCUGAUGUCCAAGUGCUUCCCGUUGUUCUGAUGUCCAGGAUGCGUGGCAGGGUUUGACGGAAUGGGCCGUUUUCUGCUAUAUAUAAAAUCAACGGUGCUACUGGUUUUCGGCUAUUUCAACAUCUGCCUGAUCACAGCAGACAUAUUAGCAGCUCCGGUCAAUGUCACAGUGCGACACCUGCAGGCCAACUCAGCAGUGGUAUCAUGGGAGGUUCCUGAUGGAGAUGCUGUCAUCGGCUACGCUAUAUCGCAGCAGAGAAAGGACGUGCGAAUGUUACGUCUUAUCCAGGAAGUGAAUACCACAACGCGCUCCUGCAUGCUGUGGGACUUAGAGGAGGACACAGAGUACACUGUCCACGUGCAGUCCAUCAGCCUGACCGGUGUGAGCCCAGCCAGUGAGCCCAUCUCCUUCAGGACCGCUAAAGAAGCUGAGAAAUUGGCCUUAAAAGAUGAGGUGACAACAAAGAUACUGCAGCGGCGAUCCACACAAUUAAGAACAGGAGAGAUGAUCAUCAUUGUGGUUGUUCUAGUCAUGUGGGCAGGCGUGAUAGCUUUGUUUUGUAGGCAAUAUGAUAUCAUCAAAGACAAUGAACCCAACAACAACAAGGACAAAGCCAAGAGCUCUUCAGAAUACAGCACUCCGGAGCAUCCAACAGGGGGGCUGCUACGCAGCAAGUUUCCGAAGAACAAGCCUUCUGUACACAUCAUUGAAGCCUGACUUACGCGGCUAAGAGGAUGGUUUAAUUAAUCCAUUAACUUUCUCUUGGGAAGAAGCAGCAGCCUGCAGCGGAACACCGUGCACACCCUGCUUCAUAAACAGAUUUAAAAGCACACGUUAAUCAAGGCUUCCUAUGAAUGAUCAUCUUCAACAAGGACAAGAGGCAGUUUAAUUCCUCACUCGUGGAG